AUGGAAGCUUUACAAGCUGGCGUGGACCUCAUUCGUACCGAGGAAACUUGUGACUUUUAUGCAGCCGAGUCAAAAAACUUCGCAAAUGCUAGAGCUGUGACAAAUUCAUAUCAGACACCCCCCUCCUGGGGAAAUGUCGAAUCUCGGCAGGCACGGGCUGCCAAUUUUUGA